GGUUGCUCUACUCCCUCUCGAUCUCCGCGCAACAUCAUUCCAACUUGAUCACUAUCCAUUGCUGGCAUCGAGCCGUAACAGUGGCGUCUCGCGACGGCUGCCAUGAUGAAGAAUCUGCGCCUCGUCUGUCGGCCGCGACAAGGCGAGGAGCGCCGAGUCCUCAUCUCCGUCCCCGACUACGCUGCCAUCACGACCGUUGCCGCCGAGAAGCUGGGCAUACAGGGAGAGGAGGUCCUGAUUCAGAUCAAGGCAGAUGGCGACGAUGAACUAUGGGAGGUAGAUCAGAGCUUCUGGGCGUCCCUCGAGAAUGGACAGACACUCUUUGCCAAACCAGUUGCCGGCGCCUCCUCUUCUGCGCCUCCUCAGCCGGCAAAGACAACCAAGCUGGCCAGAAAGGAGAUGAAGAGAAAGAGGAAAGAGGAGGAGAAGAGAGCAAUAGAAGCGGCAGGCCAAGCCGGCGGGUCGUCGUCUGCAGCUGCUAGGGAAUCAGAUGCAGACGAUUCAGCAAGCAGCAGCGCCAGGCCGGCAAAGAAGGCAGCUACGCCCAAGAUACGAUCCGCUCAACGCCAAGAUGAUCGGGCGCCACCCAGCUCUGGCAGCAGCAACACGAUCACUCCAUCACUGUCUCGCCCUACUGUGCAAUCAUCUGGCCACUCAACCUCGCAAAAUCCCACAUCAUCAUGGAAUGCCCUCACCUCGAAAGAACAGCGCUCCUCCCGCAAGGCAUGGACCCCACGCGACGACAAGUUCCUCUGGGACAAAUUCCGCACUCAGCUCGAUGCAGCCUCUCGCAACCGUGAAAUGCCCUCCAAUGGUUCAGAGCGUGAGGCUUUCUUUCAGCGUCUCAUCGAGGACCACGGGACGAGGGGCAGGGUGUCGCGUAUCCUUACUGGGCGAACGGCAAGCUCCAUUGGCACGAGGAUCAGAGCAAAGGUCAAGGACGGCGUUGCUAAGGGGAAGACUAUGCCCCAGCCGGUGCUUGAAUUCUUUGGCAUGUGGCGUAGCUCGCCUGCGAGGACGACGAGUAGUGCUGAGGCGGGCGGAGCGGGAGGCUCACGAGGCAACAAUACCGCGCGAGAUGGGCGGAGCAAGAGCAAGGAGCGUAGGCACUACGUCGUGGUAGACGAUAAUGAUUCCGAGUAUGACGAUGGAACCGAGACGGAUGCCUCCGAUGCUAGCAGCCGCGGGGACGCACGCUCGUCCACCGUCCUCACCCAAAGCGCAGUAGCUCCCCUGACGUCGCCGUCGUCAUCGCGAAGCAACGAAGCAGGGCCCAGCUCUCUACGACCACGAUCCAAUCGCACCUCUGCCGUCCCAGCAGACGCUCUGCGGCCCGUUGGCUUCGACAAUGCAGCACCGCAGCCGGCCAUGAGAAAAUCGACGGUCUCUUCCUCUUCGGCAACUCGCGUGCCACCGACGCCGAGCACGGAGCACAAUGCAAGGCGAGCCCACGAGCGGGUGGCAGCGCAAAAUCCCUUCGCUCCCCGUCUUGCACGCGACGAUGACGAUGCAGCCUCCGUGGUAAUGACCUCGAGCAGGAGCGGCGCUACUGCCUCAGCUCCUGUCUUUAUCAACCGCGGACAGUCGCCAAACCUGUCGCAGACCGGUGCCUCGCGCGCUGUGGCAGUCAAGGAAGAGAUGGAGACGGACGAGCAAGAUGAGCUCAUGAAUGGCAGCGACAGCUUCCAUACGCCUGCCCCUGUUCAUGUCCCUACACUCAGCCAACCACCCGCUCCACCGCCGACUAUGCCCGCCUUGAUGCGGGCCGUGUCUGGGCCGAACGGCAUCCCACUGCCACCAAGGACCCCGAAUGGAGGCACCAUCAAAGCUAACGGCAGCGGCAGUACAAUCACCAGCAGUAGCAGAGCCGGGCCCUCUCGAUGGGGCAAUCGAGCGGGCGUGCAAUUCGACCUUGACUUCACAUCGAAUACGUCCGUUGCCAGCACCGGCGAUCGCUCAAUCCAAUUCCUGCCCUGCGCUGGUGCACACCCCGAGGACGUCGCUCUCCUCCGAAUGGCACUGGACGAAAGGUGGCAUGGCCUGCGAGCGGUUGUCACGACGAAUAUCUCUCGGUCCGCAAUGGCGCAUGACCCCGAUAUCGACCUGGACCGCAUCAGGCCUGGCAGGAUGGCCAACACUCUUUUGAAUGUGCUUCUCAACAACAUCAAUCACUCGACUGGCGGGCUGCCUUAUCCCCAUGGUGCAAAGGACAAGGUUGGCACGGCGACUGCUCGAGAAUUGACGGCCAUCUCUGCCGCUCUUUGCGUCAGCCUGGCCUUAGCCGUCUUUGACUGUGCUCCGCCAAAUUGGUCGGUACGUCGCACUUCUUUCGCUAUCGCGGGCUUCAUCGCGGCCAUGUCCGACGGGCACAAGAGGCAUGUUCAGCUCAGGGAGCUCAUCUUCGUUGUCGCCGAGCGUGUAUUCUGGGCAAUGCGUUGCGCAAGGAUAGAGAUGGGCCCCACACCGGGAGCGAGUAAGCAGACGAGUGUGCAUCUCUGUCAGACCGACGCUGAGGACAUUUGCGCAGCCGUCAUUCUCACGACUGAGAUGCACAAGACUGGGAUGUGCAAUGCAGCUGGAGCGAGGUUCGACGCGUGGUCUCUCGAGCAGAUGUAUGGCCUCUGCCCAACCGUCGCAACGCCCCUCGAGGAGCAAUACGUCAAGUACUGGGAUGAAGCCGGCCAACCCAUCGUAGCGGGUGACGUCUCUGCCUCCCGUCCGGCUCGUGAGGCGGCCGCUGCUUUGCUGCUCUCGAGAUUCACCACCCUGCUGGGUAAGCUGGAGGCAAGCGUAGCAUUCUUGAAGCGUUGUCCAAUCCCACUGGAGAAGUGGGGCGCAAAGGGCGCAGUGCUUCGUCGCAUGGCUCCAGCCUUGCCAGGGGCGGUAAGGGCUGCUCUGUCCUGCAAUGCAACGGGCGAUGGCCUUGGAGCCGGUGGCCAGGCGAGUCACUCAAUGCUCCGGGGCCCUGUAGCAGCGAACAUGGAGGCCUAUUCGAGAGCGUACAAUGGCUUGCUCAACGCAGGAGUGCUGCGCGAGAGUUGAAUUGAGACGAUGCACAGAGGCGGAUGGGAUGAUGCGUAGAAGGCAGGUGGGAUGCAGGCACAGUCUGGGUUGAGGAUGGACGGAACCUCCCAGCAUUGCUAGCUACCGAUGCGCUCUUUCGUGCACAUCCGCAACCUCAAAUACCACACAUUGUCAUCCUCUUCGGAU